AUGGCGCUCCUACUGGCAGCCAACGGCGUGUCUGCCAAUCGCCGCCUGUUGGCCAGCCCCGCCGUCACGGACGCUGUCACGGGCGCCCUGCCCCCUGUCACGGGCGCCGCCGGGGGCGCCACGGGCGCCGUCACCGGCGCCGCUGGGGGCGCCACAGGCGCCGUCACUGGUGCCGCCAGAGGCGCCACCGGCGCCGUCACCGGCACCGUCCCUGCCGUUAAGGGCGCUGUCACCGGCGCCGUCCCCCCUGUCACUGGCGCCGCCAGGGGCGUCACUGGCUCUGUCCCCGCCGUCACGGGCGCCGUCACAGGCACUGUCCCUGUCGUCGUUGGCGCCGCCAGGGGCGCGACCGGCGCCGUCACUGGCGCUGUCCCAACCGUCACGAGCGCUGUCUCUGGCGCGGUCCCCCCUGUCGUCGGCACUGUCAGCGGUGUCGCUGGCGCUGUCCCCGCAGUCACUGGCGCUGUCACUGGCACCGUCCCCGCCGUCACCGGCACCGUCCCCGCCGUUACUGGCACUGUCUCUGGUGUUGUCCCACCAGUCACUGGCACCGUCAGGGGCGCCACAGGCGCCGUCACCGGCACCGUCCCUGUCGUCGUGGGCGCGGCCAGGGGCGUCACCGGCGCCGUCCCCGCCGUCACCGGCAUCGUAACCCCCGUGAAAGCGACCACCGGCGUGGGUGCCACCGUCGGCCGCGCCGUGGGCCUCAACACCAACGUCGGCGCCACCGUCGGCGGCGUCGCGGGGUCCAAGGUUGCCCUUGCCCUCGGCACAGACCGUCUCGACGACGUGAAGAUCGACACCGGCCUGAACACUGCCACCACCGCUGGUGAUGGCAGCGCGGGCACCAACGCCGGCGCCGGCGCUGGCACGGGGCUUGGCGGAGCCGUGGGCAAGGUCGGCAGCACUGCUGGCGGCGCAGCGGGCAGUGUUGGCGGCAGCGUCGGGGGCACCGUGGGCAGUGUGGGCGGUGCGGCCCGCAGCGUGGGGGGUGCUGUCGGCGGCGCAGUCAGCAAGGCGACCAAGGGGAUUGGCCGCCACUGA